AUGCUGUUUAUAAUAAUGGUUCAGGGAACUAGACUAAGGAACUACUUAAUCCAACACAAAAUUGGAGUUGGAACUUUUGCUAAUGUAUACUAUGGAGUCCAUUUGAUCACUGGCGAAAAGGUAGCAAUCAAAAUUGUACCCAAAUACAAACUACUAAAGUUAGACCUCAUGGGGAAACUGUCUCGGGAAAUAAGCGUAUUACGUAAAUUAAAUCAUGAAAACAUAAUCAGGCUAAUUGAUGUAUUAGACUCCCCCUUCUACCUAUUCAUAAUAACUGAAUUCAUUCAAGGCGGUGAAUUAUUUGACCAUAUCGUAUCAUCACCAAGAUUCACUGAGAAGUAUGCGCUGAAAUUGUUUAAGCAAAUUUUUUCAGCAGUUGAUUAUUGCCACUCACAAAUGAUGUGUCACAGAGAUUUGAAGCCAGAGAAUAUAUUAUUGGAUGAUUCGUUAAACAUUAAGCUGGGAGAUUUUGGAUUUUCUAGAUUCUUGAUUGAUGGUGACUGCUUGAGAACUCCAUGUGGAUCGCCAAAUUACGCAUCUCCAGAAAUAAUAUGUGGUAAACCUUAUAGCGGGCCUGAAGUGGAUAUUUGGUCUCUGGGCAUCAUUUUAUAUGUGCUAUUGGUUGGAGAGUUACCAUUUGACGAUGAAGAUAUGCCUUCGUUGUUUGCCAAAAUCAAAUUAGGCAAAUACAACGUACCUGGCUAUAUUUCUGAAGAUUGUAAAAUUCUACUUGCAAGGAUGUUACAUGUAAAUCCAAAGGAUCGUGCAACAUUCGAUGAAUUAAGAUCAAAUAAAUUAUUACAAUCUCCUGAUCGGCUUAUAAAUGAUGCUACUAGUUUUGACAAAUAUAGUGAUAAUUAUAAUGUUAAAGAGGCAAUACCAUCAGAAUUGUAUUAUACCUUUUCACCAGAAAUACGAUACACUAUAGAAUAUCAUUAUAAUCGCAAAUUGAAAGAAGAGAAACGAAUUCCCAAUGAAACAAAAUUUGUUUUAAUCAGGGACGCCCCCCGUUGGCAAAUUGCAGAACCAAUUAAAAAUAAUUUAUUGAGUUUGUUUAAGAUAAUAUUCCAAAUUUUAAUACAACAGAAUUAUACCUGGAACGUUUUACCUGCAUAUAGGAUUUUGUGCAAGAAGACCUUCAAACCUGAAAACAACACUAACAAUAACACUGGUGAUUCUGUUUGUAUAAUACUUUCCAUUCAAAUAUUUAAAAUUGGUUACCAAAAGCAUAGCUUCAUAAUCAAUCUAUUUGAAGGGCUUAUUCACUAUGGCUUAAUGGCAGCGAUAUCACUCAAGCAGGAAAUUGUAGCCCGUACCUCUUCUAUGGCAUAA